UUUUCUUCUAGAGAAAGUACUCAUCUAAAGAAAUAUCCUGAUUGGUUCUUUAUGGUAGUAGAAGGCAUAAGGUUCUGCUAGCUGGUGUCAUCCGAACGGAUUUGCUUGUUCCUUUGCAGUCUUUUUGAAGUACAGUUAAAAAAUGUCAGCGUGGAGGCAAGCAGGAUUAAACUAUAUUAACUAUUCUCAGAUCGCAGCUAGGUUAGUUAGGCAAGCCUUGAAAGCUGACUUAAGAGUCGAAGCAGUUAAACGCGAUGAAGCCAACGUAAAGUUCACUCAGUGGAAGGAUGGAAAACCUAUCACUGAAAAGAUGUGAUCAUUGUUUAAAAACGCUUAGAUGAUCAUAUCACAGAUGGAUUUGGAAUUCAUCCAAUAUGUACAUGUUUACAGCCAUAUGAUCCAUAUAAGUGAUGUAUAACGAUAGAAUAAAAAUCCGUUAUACAUCCUUGUU